AUGGAGGUAGUUUCUAGCGUUCAGCUCGAUGGAAAGGUGGAAGGGUUACCCCUAACGUUGAUCCACAACUAUUUCCCCAAUUUUGAAAGGUUUGAUUGGUUUAUCAACAUUCAUGGCGACAUCAAUCUUACAAAAAGGGAAGUUUCGGUUCUCAAACUCUCGAUUCGUAUUUUCACUCUAAUGUUUCGAUUUGCACUCACUCCUACUUGUACAUCUAUAUUUGUUAUCUUUGUAGACCUGGAAGAAGCAAAGGAAAUGCAAGAUUUUGAUACUAUUUUCGAUACGUCUAUUGGAAAUACCUUAAAAGUACCAAAGAUUUGGGACUCCCUCAACAAUGAUUCAAGGAUAACGAACUCGGGAAGGUUUGGGCAUAAUUAUGAUGAGUUCUUAUAGCUUUUAACGAGAAAGAGACCAACAAAUUCAUUUUUUUUAUGAAAGAAGAGCUAAAUGCAGAUGGUUGGCUAGCAAAUCAAUAGAUUGUAAUGAUGUGCAUAGUGGAGUUCUGAAGCUAAUGCUAAACCCAUAUUUAUACAUGGUGCAUAAGUGAGCUAACUGUUGAAGUGCGUUCUAAAGGUUUUAUUUUUGUAUCUAAUUCAACCCAUUUUACUUAAUUAUUUAAUAAUAUGUUAUUUAUGGUAUAUAAGAGCGCCAAUUUUUGAAUGGGUGUAGAGGAGAGGUAAUCAAACUAGCAAAAAAUAGUAAGGCAAAUAAUGUUAUGUUAGUUUUGAACAUUUUUUAUAUUAUUAUGGUUGUUUACAUAUCGUCAUCGUUGUAGCUUGUAAGCACCAUAAGUGUAGCCUAAUUGAGU